UAUGUAAAGGGCGCCCCUGCAUUCAUCUUCUUCUUAGCCCCUCUGCAGUUUUUGCAUCUCCAUUACUGUGUUUCAGAAUUUCAGAUAUGAGAACCAGAGAAAAAUCCCGGAGCUUCAAAUAUCUUUCCAAGUUCAGUGUCACCGCCAAACACAAGGACGUUCCUUCUCCGGCGGCCUCCCUGUCGCCGGGAAUGGAUCCCGGAAUCUGGAGCCAACUCCCGCCGGAACUUCUCGAUCACGUACUCUCUCUUCUCCCUCUCAGAACAUUUUUUAACCUAAGAUCCACUUGCAAGCAUUUUGAUUCUCUGUUGUAUUCUCCUUCUUUCGUCUCCAAGCAUUCGGAUUCCUCUUUCUCUUCGUUCCUCUUGCUCGCGCAUCCCCAAUGUUUCCGCCAGUUCCCUCUGUACGACUCUGCUCUCGGGACUUGGCGGAGCCUGCCGAUCUCCGUUUCCGUUUCGGUUCCCUCCGCCAUUCCUUCUACUGCUCUUCUUUCCACCGCUAAUGGCCUUGUUUGCUUCUCUCUCCGCAAUUCCUGCUCCUUCGUUGUUUGCAAUCUCUUGACCAAAUCGUCGCGAGUUAUCGAAUUUCCCUAUUAUCCAUUCGCAUUCGAGCUCCUGACGUUGGUUUCCGUGCCCCUAGGGUACAAGAUUUUCACGCUCUUCCCCGGUUCGUCUCCUCUUUCCGCUCUGGUCUUCGAUUCUAGGGAUCAUUCCUGGCGGAAAUUCGACAAUUUCGAGCCGAUUCUCGGGGAUAAGCAUCGCCAAGAAGCUGCUUGCUAUAAAGGACGUUUGUAUUUCGUUACGCCAGAACCGUUUUCUAUAGUUUCCUUCGAUUUGGAGAAUGGUGAGUGGGAGGAAACCGAUAUCGUAAUGCCUGAGGAGCUCACGUUUGUUCGAUUGGUGAGCGAUGGAGAUAGGAAAUUGUAUAUGAUCGGUGGAAUUGGGAGGAAUGGGAUUUCGAGGAGCUUGAGAUUAUGGGAAUUUUCGGAACAGGGGAAUUGGUUGGAAGUGGAAAGCGUGCCACAGAUGAUUUGUAAGAAGUUCAUGUCGAUUUGUUACCACAAUUACGAGCAUGUGUACUGCUUUUGGCAUCAGGGAACCAUCUGUCUCUGCUGCUACACCUGGCCGGAGAUUUUGUACUACAAAUUUUGCCGGAGAACUUGGCAUUGGCUUCCCAAAUGCCCUUCUCUACCGGAGAGAUGGAGCUGUGGUUUCAGGUGGUUUUCUUUUGUUCCAGAAUUGUAUGCAUCUGUCUGAUUUGUUUUCCUCUUUGAUUCUCUGAUUCAGAUUCAGAUUGCUAUGUUCUAUUGCCAAUUUUGUUAUUGUUUUUGUCAGUCUGUAAUGUGUUUGUAGAAAUGCCUCAAAGAGAGUUCUUGAUUCUGCCAGAGGCUUUUCUGCAGACAACCCAUUUAGUAUGGCAUUAUACAAAAGCAUUCAAGUUCCAAA